CGAAGCUUAAGCCGGCAUCGCAUCGUCACAGAGACGCACGGCUUGCUUGCACGCCAUCGCCGCGCGGCAGCACUCCUUGCCGUGACACCAUUCGUCGCUGCCCGGCGUUGCACGGUACUGGAGUUAAGCUGCCCACUGGCUGCACACCAGGCGACUGGGAUGGGUCUCAAGGCAGGCGACGUGUGCUACAUAAGAGCGCGCAACGGCGCGCUCAUGCGAGAAGCCAAGGAGCUCUCGAGUGAUAAACUAAAGGAGCUGCCCGCGCGCACGACCGUCAAGGUCGUAGGACAGUCCGUGACGGUCGGCGACGCCGAGCGUAUCGAGGUCGAGUGCGCCGGCGCGCGCGGCUGGGUCUCCACCAAGGUACUCUCGGAGCCCCAAACGAGCAAUGGCGGAGACAAGAUCCAGACGACGCUCCACUACCGGGAGGGCGACGAGCCAACUCGCCACCACUCGCUCAAGCUCACGAUCCCGCCGCGCUGGGUCACGGAUAAAGCACCUCUACGCAAGCUCUGCGCGGCCUUCUGCGACAACUACUCGAAGAAGCACCCGCAGCAUAAGUUAGACGCGGAGACGCACCGGCUCUGUUUAGGUGAUGGCACGGUGCUCUCGCGCGCGGCGAUGAUCACGGCCGACGUGUCCGCCGAUUUGUACGUCGUGCCCGAGGCCGCGGCGCUGGCGCGGCAGCCGCCGCCGCCGCCUCCCAAGAAACCGGCCGCAGCACCACCACCGCCACCGCUCGACGGCGGCGUGGCCCUCGACAUUCCCCGGCGCGCCCCAAAGCCCGUCGCGCGGCGCGCGUCGAAGGUCGAGGCCCUCAUGCACGACGCCCAGAACUGCUACGACUUGGACGACUGUGCGGACGUCGGAGGUGGCGAGGUCGUGGACCCGGCGGAUGCACAAAAAACGGACACGAAGGCCGCGCAACUGAAGGACCAGGGCAACAAGCACCUCGCCGCGAAGAAAUUCGCGCAAGCCGCCAAAUGCUACGACGACGCUCUCGCAUUAUCCCCGCCGCCGGUGGGCCGCCUCGCCGCUGUAUUAUUAGCGAACCGCGCCCAAGCUUUAUUGUCGCGAGCCGCGGUCGCGGACGCGACGCGCCUCGACCGCGCGUCGACCUUCGCCGCUUUGAGGGACGCGGCCUCUUGUGCUACCGAAGCCCGGGCGGCCGACGAAACCUAUGAUAAGGCCUGGUACCGGCUAGGUUUGGCGAACUUGGAGCUGGCGAAAAGAUGUCGCGGCGGCGGAAAGGGCGCCCCGUUGCCGGACGAAGUCAUGACGCGCCUGCGCGACUCGGUCAAGGCCUUGUCCAAGGCCGCGCGACUCUCGCCGAAGGUCAAGGCCAUGCGCGACGCCCACAAGGAGUGCAAGACCAUGCUCGAGGUCACCGAGGCUUGCGUGAACGAGGCGCGGCUGCCGCCCUGCUACGACAAGGUGCCGCCCGUCGUCGCGAGUGGGAGUGGCAUCGACGCGCGGGCGUCGACGACGAUCCCCGUGUCGCGGCUGCGCUCGGGGGUUGUGGAGGCCACCGUCGAGCUGCCCGUGCUCUUAGCGAAGCGGUGGAACCGCAACAACAACGACGAGCUGGCGGUGUCCAUCACGGUCUCGGACCACUGCGGUACCCAGUACAUCACGUCCGUGGCCGAGGCCCUCGGGCCCGCCUGGACCGUGGGCGAGGGCUUGUUUGCCGGCAAGAAGUGGAAGGGCGGCUUCCUGUCCAUCCCGGACCGAACUGGUGCUUUGCAAGGGUCGCCGAAGAACCACUUCCUGCUGCACCCGUCGUGCGUCGACGACGCCCAAAUUGAGAGGUUGGUGGCCCUCGGCCUGUUGGAGGCGGACGUGCAACCGCCGAAGACGGUGCAAAUGGACGCGCAGCACGACGCGAUCGCGCUGCGCGUCUUCGCGUGUAGCUUCUAACUUGAAAAUA